UCGGCCACGGCGCAACGAAGAAACGAAGACUCAAAGAAGUCGCGCACACAUUUUAAGCUCACGCUGCUUUUUACUCAAAACUUUAUUCAAAAAUUUAAUAAAAUGUGUUUUAUUAUCAAGUGACAGAGUGAAUAAAGUGAUUAAAAGUGAUAAAAAUUAAAAACACGGACAAUAUAUUAAUUUGUCGCCAACGAGAGAAAGUCGACGAGGCUACCAACUGCAAUCGACAAUCGCAGAUCUCAAGAUCCGAAUUCGCCGAACUCUCAACUCUCGCCGCGCAUUGAACAAACGCUUUUGUCGCAUCGCUACUUGCGAUUUCAUUGUAAUAAUGAGGAUGCCGGACGGAAUGGUGAAAAGUUAUUAAGCGUCAUUUAUUCGUGGCGUCUGCGAUUGUGUUGAAUAAAUGCAGUGUUUGGUGAACAAUUGAGUGGCGCGACAAUUACUAUCAACCUGAGAAAAGAUUUCACCACAACUUCUUCAGACUGCAUCAGAGAACAUAGAAAAUAAAUUAUUGUGUAUACAGUGGAUUAUAUUCAUGUAGUGGAGUGUUGAAAUCAUCGCAUUAUGGGUGUUUCGGUUGAUCGCAAUAAACACAAUCAUGGUGGAAGGAAAACUUCAUGGGAUUCUAGGAUGUCUGUAAGCACGAUGAGCACAAACGGAACAAGACAAUAUCGCCGUUCGGCGAGUUCAAUUCUAUCCUCAGAUUCGGACAUCCGUUUCACUCGCAGGAAAUUGAGCAGACAGUACAAAUGUGGCUGUUGUAUUCUAGCAAGUUUCCUGAUGCUGCUCUUAGCCGGUGCUGCCGCCAUCUAUGUCGGAUACACGUUUUAUUUUACGCAACCAGCCGAGGAGCAAGUAUUCCGAGCUAGUUUUAAUGUAAUGGAAGGCGAUGUCUUUCAAACACCAAUGGCGGAUCUCCAAACUGAAGAAUUCCGGGUUAAAGCAAGGGAUUACAAAGAAAGACUGAAUCUUCUCUUUAGGAGGAGUAAUUAUCGGCUUGGAUUUGCAGGGACUGAUAUUUUAGCACUCGAUGGAACUGAAGGUAAAGACUUAGUUGUCCAUUUUGACAUUCACAUCGAUCCGACUUAUACGACAGCCUCCGCCAAAGAUCUCCAAACUCUAAUCUCUAACGAGGUGGCCUUGGAACAAGAAUCUUUGUAUUUCCGUAAUCUGACCAUUGAUCCGCAUAGUGUUGAAGUAAUCGAGAAUCAUGUGAUCAAAACAACAACCGCACGUCCCUCAACAUAUCAGAUUGUCUCUGAAGCAGUCACUCAAACUCCAAUUCGUAGAAAAUGCUCACCACUGCAAUUGGACUACUGUAAAAAGAUGAAUUAUAACCUCACCACAUAUCCAAACAUAAUGGGCCACAAUGAUCUUAAAGACCUGAAAAAAGAUGUCAUCAGUUUUCGGGAACUAGUUGAUGGAGAAUGUUAUAGAUUAGCUUAUGAUUUUAUUUGUAAUGUGUUACAACCACGUUGUGCACGUGGUCCGGAAUCGGAUGAGAUGUUGCUGCCAUGUAGAAGUUACUGUAGAGAUUUCAUGACAGGAUGUGGGGGACGUUUAACAAGUAAAAUUAAAGAAGCAUUGGAUUGUAAUAAGUUCCCAGAGUUUCACGGGGAUGGUUCAUGUAUUCCAAAACCAGGAUGUGUGCAAGAAAUGCAAACAAGGGCGUUGUCCCCACGAAUUUGUGAUGGGGUAGUUGACUGUCAAGAUCUUUCCGAUGAGAAAUCCUGUGCGUAUUGUCCAUCGAAUUAUAUCCACUGUGGAAUUGGUAGGGCUUGUAUAAAAUCAUCGAAGCGUUGUGAUGGUAAACGAGAUUGUCCGGAUGGGAGUGAUGAAAGGGCAUGUUUAACUCUAGCGCCUAGCAUUCAACAAAUGACGAAAGUCAAAGUCGUGACACCGCACCUCCCGCGUUACCAUCCCGAGGGCUAUGUUGUAUUCAACGAGAAAGGCGAAAUGGGUAAACUAUGCACGGAGAACCUCAACAGUUCCAUACCAGCGAAUAAAACAGCGGAAAUAUUGCAUAUGGUCGCAUCAUCUUUGUGCAAAACAUUAUCAUACGAGAGUGUAACAUCAGUACAAGUAGAAAAAGACGCAGAAGAUGAUGUUGCAUACGUUUCAAUGGAUGAUCCUACAGCAUCAGAGAUCAGUUUUGUUCGUUCUGAAUGCCCCACAAAACAAGUACUGAAAGUCUCCUGCGCGAAUUUGGAAUGUGGUGUGCAGGUAACCCACGAAGCAGGUGCCAAUCCAGUGUUGGCCAAGAUGUCCGCCCAUGGUGAUUGGCCCUGGCACAUGGCCCUCUUCAAAGAUGAUGUACACAUCUGUGACGGGACUUUGGUAUCACCUAAUUGGGUAGUCACCACGACAUCUUGUUUCCAAGGACAACCGAAAGCAGAAUGGUUAGUGAGGGCUGGAAGUGUUAGGUUAUCGUCUUCAUCUCCAUGGCAACAAGAACGCCGUAUUGUAGGAAUGGUCAAAUCUCCAGUUGAAGGAUCAACUAUAGCAAUGGUUAAGUUAGAAGAACCUCUCAUGAUGACCGACUUUGUUCGUCCUGUGUGUUUGCCACAGCAGUUGCAAGCCAGUGAUGCGUUGCACUGCAACACACUGGGUUGGGCACGCAAUCGUGAUCAGUUGCAACGUGUCGAGAUUAAGGUCACAGUGAUGGAGAAGUGCGAAAAUAUUAGCAUAUCCAGCGUGAAUAGUCUCUGCACUGAAACUGCGUACGGACAAGAAGAUUGCAGUGAAGAAGAAUUUGCCGGUUCGCCGAUGCAUUGCCAGGUGAACGAUGGCACAAGAUGGUCACUGAUUGGUGUGACGAAUUGGCGCAUUGCAUGUGCGAAAAACGGCAUGGAACGACCACGGCUCUACGACAAAAUCGUUCCGAACAUCGAUUGGAUACAGGAAACCAUCAAAGCCGACACCAUUUAAAUUAUAAGCACGUUCUAAAUUAAUUGUUGCAUAGUUGUAUAUGUACAUUUCUCCUAAUUAUUAUAUUUGUAUCGAAUUAUAUUAUUGACGUUGACAUGUAGGUACUUAUUGUAAAAUAAAUUUAAAAUUUUAUUUUUUAA